AUGCGCCUGGAGAUACACCGUGUUAGUAGCAGCGCCGCUACUUGUGGGUCCAUGGUGGCUAUGUGGGGCAAUGGAGACAACAUUGUCUCUAGCUGUGACCGUAGAAAGGCCGCUGCCCCGUCCGUUGUGCCUAUGAAGCUCCCAAGCACCCGCAAUCCCUCCGCGUGCAGCGGGACCCCCUCAGGCAGCUGCUGGGGUUCUGUGGCUGCUGCUCUCCAUGCGGCGCACUUCUCUGGUUGUUCAGGCGAGAAUUGGCGGGUCUCUGAUGCGGUGGUGUCCGGUCCUGGCUGGUUCGAUUCGCCACCUGCUGCAGCUGGGAUUGGGGCGGCUCGGCAUGGUCUUGGGUUUCCCCGGCGCCUGCCUUCCCGUUCCUCCUCCACUAGCUCCCCCGAUUCUUCCGUGGUGGAUUCUUCCACCACCUCUGCUAUAAAGGUAGGGUCUCUCCCCUCCUCCUCAGCUUCAUCGUCCUCCACUCUUCGAGUUAAGGCGCGGCGUGCUUCCCUCUGGAAGCCAUUCUCCGGUCCGCCUCCCCUUCCAGUCGCUCCUCCUCGUCCGCACCCUCGUCCGCCCCGCGAUGCCCGUGUCGAUUGGCGACGAGUAUUAUUCGUACUCGCCGCGGCCCUUUGUCGUGGCGUGGUCGCAAGUGCCCCUCCUGCCUCGUCGUCCCCGGCGCCUGCGGCUGUGGGGAUGUCGCCUCUUCCCGCACCUCAAUCUGCGCCGUCGUCGGUGACUCAGGCUGGCUGUGUCCUCGCGCCUGCUGCCCCGCCCGUUCCCCCCGAGGCGAAGUUGUCUGCCCCUGGCGUGGCGCCUGGUCAUGCGCCCGCGUCGCCACCUGCUCCCGCGCUCGCCCCGACGUCCGCUCCCGCCCCUGCCCCUGGGCCUGUUGUAGUGUCUGAUCCUGCGCACGCUUCUGCGACUGCGCCGGUGGUUCCACCUGUCCCCGUGGUGGUGCCGGCGCCCGUGCCUGUGGUUGCGGCGUCGUCAGCUGCUGUUGGAGAAGCCUCCGCGCCGCCGCCGGUUGCGCCUGCCGUGGCGCCUUCUGCAGCUGCUGGUGCGGACCCGACUUACCAGCCACCUCCAGCCACCAGCGUCGGCCUGAGCUCGGCGGAGGUUCAGUUGGCUCGCGUGUCGCCUCCGGAUGCUCCUGCGCCUCUGCCUGCGGCAGUAACCGUGCCGCCUCCGACCAAUCCUGCGGGUACUGCUCCCGCAUCCCUUGCUCCUGUUCCUCCUGCUCAACGUCCUUCGUCCCCGGGCCGUCGUCAGCAUCGGCCCCAUUCCCCUGCGCCGCGUGACGAGCGAGAGACGUCCCGGCGGCGGCACGAUUCACCUCGCCGCCGUGGUUCGCAGGCGAACUGGGCUGCCCCCCGUGGCGGCCGAGGGGGCUGGUGGGGAGGGCGUGGUCGCGGUGGCGGCUGGGUGUAUGAUCAGCCGGUGACGAUGGCUGACUUGCAGCGAGUCGUGUCCGACGCAAUGCGCGAGGAGCGGAACGGGCGGGCGAGCCUGAGCAAUUCGCCGCGCCACGCUCCUGUGCCGGUGUCUCAUCCUCCGCCUGCGCCCGCUCCUCCUCUUCCCGCGACUGCCGCACCUCCUCUUCAAGCUCCCGCCGCGUCUGCUACUGCUCGUGGGAACCGUCUCCGGCUGCCGUGGGUUCCUCCUGUGGCGGGCGUGGAGUUUGUGACUGCGGGCGGGGGACCAGUGACGCCGCAGUAUCCGUCCCUGCUGCCUGUAGCUCCUGAUCCUCCGGCAGCUGAUCUUCCGGUACAGUCGCUGGUUGGGCCUUCUCCUUCGGUGGAUGUGCCCGAGGCGUCGCUCGGGCAGCUGUGGCGUCUCUCUGAGGGUCUGCGGGCUGUUCACCUGAUCCAGGUGUAUUGCCACGCGGCUCUUUCUCGUGGCGUGCCUCUGGUAGGCGGCCCUCUGGACGAGCGCUCGAAUGCCGCUGACAGGAUUGCCGAGCUCCUAGCGCCCGUGUUGGCUGCGCCCGCGCGGGGUGGAGUUGCGGGCGUUGGACAGCUUGGGACUGCGCUCCGUGGUUUGCGCCGGGUGAUGCGCGCAGCGACUGCAGUCGACCUGAUCGGCGCAACCACUGUGGUGGUGCGCGAACUUCAUCGCUCGCUGACGGGUCUUCUCGGCGUCCUUGAUGCGGAUCAGAUGUAG